AUUACAGUACAUGCAACACUAGGACAUCAGUUUACUGUCCCCGUCAUCUACUCGUUCUUCACUCUCUGCGCCGAAUUAAUCGGGCAACUAACAGUCUGACUAAAGGUUAUUCUCAACUCGACACGCUGCCCUAAUGUGCACCGCACACUUCAUAUGAAAUAGAGCUCGCUCCCGUCCUUUUCUUGCAUUCAAAUUCACAGGUCUGAGAAAAGAGGUUUGUGAAGUGUUGAGUUUGUGAAGCGUUAAGAAUGGCGGGAGAGCAGAGAAGGGGUCACAUUGUAAUGCUGCCAUUGAUGGCGCAGGGGCACAUCAUUCCCUUCUUCGAGCUGGGCAAACUUCUAGCCAAGCAAGGAGGUUUUCUCAUAACAAUCGUCAACACCCCACGCAAUGUCCUCCGAUUACUGCCCAAGGUUUCCACUGCAUGCAAAGCUCAUGACAUUGAUAUCCGUCUCGAAGAGCUUCCCUUCCCAAGGGGCACCCAAGGCUUGCCUCCCGACGUAGAGAAUACAGAUUCUCUGCCUUACAAUCUAAUGUUUCUCCUCGUCCGCAACUGUGAGCAGCUCGAACGGCCCUUCGAGAACCUUCUAUGGCGGCUCCGUGACGGCGGCCACCCACCCACAUGCGUUGUGAGCGACAUGUUCUUCGGGUGGACUUUGGACAUUUGCAAUCGCAUGGGGAUCCCCAGGGCGACGUUCAUGACAAUGGGUGCCUUUGCGACUGCUGUGUAUUAUUCUCUAUGGAUGAAUCUGCCCCACAAGAAAACGGACUCUGAUACUUUUUCUCUUGCUCCUGAGCUCCCCCAUGUCUCGUUUCAUACAUCCCAGCUCCCGCUAAGCCUCAGGCUGACGGACGACACGGACCCAUGGCACCUCUUCUUGAAGCGCCAAAUACCUAGGAAUCUCCGCAGCUGGGGUACUUUGCUGAACACUUUUGACGCUUUGGAGUCGAAAUUUGUUGAUCACCUGCGAAGCAACAGCUGUGGUCAUGUCUGGACUGUGGGGCCUGUGCUCCCCGAGGCCUUCAAUGGGACCCAUGGUUGCUGCACUGAUGGUCUUGUUCAUGAAACGUGUUCCACGUGGCUGGAUUCGCUUCCUCCCUCGUCUGUUCUGUACAUAUCCUUUGGCACCAUGGUCAGGAUCUCCCGCUGUCAAAUGGAGGCUUUGGCUCUGGGCUUGGAAGCCACUCGAGUGCCCUUCAUUUGGGCUGUUCGACCUCCAUGCGAUGUAACGGAUGAAUCCGCAGACUUUCUGCCUGAGGGAUUCGAGGAGAGAAUGGUGGGAUCGAAACAAGGGCUUCUUCUCAAGGGUUGGGCACCGCAAUUGCUAAUUCUUUCGCAUCCUUCGACUGGUGGGUUUCUGAGUCAUUGUGGAUGGAAUUCUACCCUUGAGAGCCUGAGCCAGGGCGUGCCCAUGAUUGGUUGGCCCAUCGCAGCAGAUCAAUUCUAUAAUUCUAAGCUUUUGGAGGAGGAAGUUGGCGUUAGUGUCGAGAUUUGCAGGGGCGUCGAUGGAGAAUUGCACCAGAGUAAGGUGGAAAAGAUUGUGAGAAUGUUCAUGGAGGGUGACUUGGGAAUGGAACUAAGGAAGAAAGCUAGGCAACUGAGAGAUACUGCCAAGCUAGCGUUUUCUUCGUCGUGGGUGUCCACUGACGGUAAAACAUGCAAGGGUUCCUCCAUCGCCAACAUUGACGAGUUUGUAAACGAAGUUAAUCUGUUGGUUCCGUCGCCUGAAUCCUAAUGCCCGAAGAUGUUAUUUUGUCGCCUGAAUUUUCUAUCUUGGGCUCCGGUGCUGUUAGUGAACAAGAGAUUUCAUUUUACAUGUUAUCAGAGAUUUAAUUAUAUUUGUGAUGAAAUGAAACGUUUGUGAUCGAAGGUUUAUGGGUCUUUUGUUGAUAUG